CUAGGAUUAUGCGUACAUGGCACCUCGCGGUUCCUUUACUUAGUAUGAAGCGCUAUCUUGACUGAUAAUAUCUCUAAAACUACAAUAGCGAAACCGAGGGAUCCAAUUGCCGGCAUUAGUCGUUCUCUUAUUCGAAGCUGCCCUAGAUGGCAUGGCUCCAUCAUGGGCUUGUGAUAAUCCUCGUCUCGCCUCAUCCUUUGGUCCGGAGGUGGAAGCUUUGGGCUGGUGAAGAAAGGACGGUCGAUUCAAUGCUACGUAUGUUCCCAAAGAUGGAUGUCGCAUCGCGGUAAGAAGUGGAGAGAGAUUGCUCUUGGAUGUUGAGGCAUGUUGAACCAAAAAUGAGGAUAUAAAAGCCGUUUGUCCAACCAGUCUAGGUGACACUCUGUCCUUCAUCAUUGUCAGCAUCUUCACUUCGCACUUAGCAGCUUCACCAUCUCUUCAGCCGCGAUGCCCUCUUUGACCACUCUUGCGAGCGCGCUCGCUCUUGUUCCUUCCGUCUUUGCUGGCUGGAAUGUUAACUCGAAGCAAAACAUUGCUGUGUACUGGGGACAAAACUCGGCCGGCCAGCAAAGCACGCAACAGCGUCUUUCAACCUACUGCAGCGAUGCCAAUAUUAAUGUUAUUGACAUUGCUUUCUUAAACGGAAUCACUCCUCCCAUGACCAACUUUGCCAAUGCUGGUGACCGAUGCACUCCCUUCUCCGACAACCCUUGGCUCCUGAGCUGCCCUGAAAUUGAGGCGGAUAUCAAGACUUGCCAGGCUAACGGCAAGACCAUCCUCCUUUCUCUUGGUGGUGACUCUUACACCCAAGGUGGCUGGAGCUCUGCCAGCGCUGCUCAAGCCGCAGCCAACCAGGUCUGGGCCAUGUUCGGUCCCGUUCAGUCCGGCAGCUCUGCCGAGCGUCCGUUUGGCAGUGCAAUCGUGGACGGCUUUGAUUUCGACUUUGAGGCCACGACCAACAACCUCGCUGCUUUCGGCGCCCAGCUCAAGAGCCUCUCCAACGCUGCCGGCGGCAAGAAGUACUACUUCUCUGCUGCUCCUCAGUGCUUCUUCCCAGACGCCGCUGUCGGUGCGCUGAUCAACGCCGUCCCCAUGGACUGGAUCCAGAUUCAGUUCUACAACAAUCCUUGCGGCGUCAGUGGCUACACGCCCGGCACCAGCAGCCAGAACAACUACAACUACCAGACCUGGGAUACCUGGGCCAAGACGAGCCCCAACCCCAACGUCAAGCUUCUUGUCGGCAUUCCCGCUGGCCCAGGUGCUGGUCGCGGCUACGUCUCUGGCUCUCAGCUCACUUCAGUCUUCCAGUACUCGAAGGGGUUCAGCAGCACCUUUGCCGGUGCCAUGAUGUGGGAUAUGUCCCAGCUUUACCAGAACACUGGCUUUGAGGCCCAGGUUGUCAAUGCUUUGAAAUAACUAAAAUUAUAAAAUAAGGGAAAAAAAAAAAAAACAUGUUAUGAGACUCGGAU